AUGGCCUCCGAUCCGCGACGAAGGGCGCCGCCGCCUCCACCACCACCGCCCGAACCACAACCCGAACACGCGACACUCCCACCACAGAUGGACGGCUCUACCGAUCCAGAGCCCGUGCCCCGAGCAGAAUCGCAACAACCAAACACACAGCCUGAGCAGAAGCAGGAUGGUGGCUACAAAUUGAAGUUCUGCACAGUAUGCGCUUCAAAUAACAACAGAUCAAUGGAAGCACAUCUACGUCUCACGACCGCACCUAAUGGUCCCUACCCAACCAUAUCCUUCGGCACAGGCUCCCUCGUUCGACUACCUGGGCCAUCAAUAUCUCAGCCAAACGUCUACAACUUUAACUCCACAUCCUACGAAGCCAUGUACAACGAAUUGGCCGGCAAAGACAGCCGACUAUACAAAGCCAACGGCAUUCUACCAAUGCUCGAGCGCAACAAGAACGUCAAAUGGGGCCCCGAGCGAUGGCAAGACUGGAAAGUGGGGAUACCGCGAGUUGGCAAGAGGUGGCAGACCCAGGAUGGCGCAGAGCAAGGCGGAGCAGAAGCCGAGUACAAGGACGACAAGGGCUACCAGGGCACAGAGGCAGGCACGGUAGACAUUGUGAUCACGUGCGAGGAGAGGUGCUGGGAUGCAGUGGUAGAUGACCUACUCACGAGAGGUGCUCCGCUAAACCGGCCGGUACACGUCUUCAAUGUGGAUAUUAAGGACAAUCACGAGGAGGCGCUAGUCGGUGGGAGGGCGAUCUUGGAGCUGGCGGAUGCACUGAAUCAGGCGGCGCAGCAGGAGCGGGACGUCAGUGGGAAUGUGAAUGGCUUUGAUGCUGGUCAGGCUGGUGCAAGGGCUGGUUUUGACGAGAAAGUGCCGGAGGUGCUGGCUGCGUGGCAGGAUCGAUGGCCAAACCUGCCGGCUUUGUGGACGUUGGCUUGGUUGUGA